GGCACAGGUUGGUUCCUCCAAAUCUUAACAACUGUUAACAUCUUGUAAACGAAGUGCAGUUUAUCCAGAGUUCUUAGUUUGUCAAGUUUAUUUUUUUCGCGAACAUAAUAAAGUUGCCAAGUGGAUUUUUUCAAGAACAUAAUAAAUUAAGGAAAAAAGGGACGGUAUGGUAUGAAUGGAAAGGAAAAUGAAUUUGGGAAAACUUGAUUUUGAUAUAGACGAAGAGGAGAGAAGGCAGAAGGAGCAGAAACACUAUACCUGGGUAGAAAAUUGUAAAUAUUAUAUUUUGGAAUACUGUCGUGAAGGAUCACUUCAUGGACUGAAAUAUCUCGGACAAAAGAGAACAUUUGCAGAAAAAAUAUGGUGGGCUAUCAGUAUGAUAAUUUCGCUUUAUAUAUGUACCAAAUUAGUACUGAACGCUUACCAAAAAUGGCAGAACACUCCGGUGAUCGUCAGUUUUGCUACAAAAGACACACCCAAUUGGAUGAUACCUUUCCCAGCGGUGACUAUUUGCCCAGAAAUCAAGGCAGUCCCAAGUAAAUAUAAUUAUACACACUUUCUGGGUUUAAAGAUGAAAGGAGAAACAUUAAGUCCGAUAGAUGAAGAGAGGUUUGGUUAUCUUUCCUUAGCCUGCAGAAGAAAUACUAAACAUAUAGACUUUGCUCAGGUUAGAUUGAAUUCUGGCCAAAAAGAAGACAUUUAUUCAUUUCUAGAUUGGGUUCAACCAGAUUUUUUCUCAACAAUCUCGCACUGCCAAUACAUGGGAUACGAAGAAAAUUGUACUGAUUUGUUUACUCCAAUUAUUACAGACGAAGGGAUCUGUUAUUCCUUCAAUAUAUUAGAUCGAAGUCAAAUAUUUAAACCAACUGUUGAACACUACAAAGAUUUCCAUAGAGCAAAACCAUCAAAUUGGUCAAUUGAAAAUGGAUACUCCCUUGACGAUACUGCUAUAACUUAUCCCAGACGAGCCUUGUAUGCCGGUGCCAUAUUCUCGUUGGAAGGUGUCCUCACUGUAAAAGACGAGGACUUGGACUAUUCGUGCGGGUCGUCUAUACAAGGAUUUAAGGUUGAAAUAAGUCAUCCCGGAAGGCUUCCUCGUGUGCGACAGCAACAUUUUAGAAUACCGUUGGAUCAAGUAGUGGUAGCAGCGAUUAACCCAUCAAUAACUACAACAGCAAAUGCAAUAAAAAGAUAUCCUCCGAAGAAAAGGAAUUGCUACUUUCCUAAUGAAAAACAACUGCGGUAUUUUGUAAAUUAUACCCAAAUGGAUUGCCAAAUAGAAUGUAAAACAAACCACACUCUGAAGAGAUGUGGAUGUGUCGAUUUUUACAUGCCAAGAGAACACGAUGUUCAGGUUUGUGCUGAGGAACGGAUCAACUGUAUAUUUGAAAGUGAACGCGAACUUCUACUUUCGAAUAUAGAGAAAAAGUUACACUCAUUGAAACAAGGAAAAAUUGCAAAAGAUAAGUGCGACUGUAUGCCCAUCUGUACAUCGAUGUAUUAUAACCUAGAAACGUCUCAAGCUACGUGGGAUUGGCAAGAUCAAUUUGACACAAACGAUGAACAGAAACACAUGUCUUCCUUUCAAAUUUACUUCAAAAGCAACCAGUUUGUGACCAUGGAAAGAAACGAGCUGUUUGGAAUCACCGACUUUUUGGCCAACUUCGGUGGUUUACUGGGUUUAUUCGUAGGAUUCUCGCUGCUAUCUCUGAUAGAAAUUGUUUAUUUUCUAACGUUGCGAAUAAUCUGUAACGUGGCUUUAUUUGGAAGAUACAACUGGGCUGGAAUAAAGGAAUAAAAAUUGCUAGCUUUAAAUAAAAUUGCUUUAUGUUUAAACUAAUUAUUUUUGUAAUAAAAUUAUACAAAUUA